GUAAAGUAGGACACCCUGUAACACAUCAUUCUAAUAAAUUCAUAAAUGAAUUUACUUUAGAAUAGCGAAUCAAUUAUCGUAUUUACAUAUUUAUGAUUGCCUAUUGAUGACAAGUCUAUAUAAGUGCCAUUAAAACUGUAAAGUCACUUUCAAAUUAGCAAGACUAAUUGAAAUCUACGAUACAAUGAAAUUACUAGCAAUCGCCGCUCUUUGCGUUGCGCACUUCUUCGUUCAGUGUAAAGGUGAUCCCAUCGACUGCAGAACUAUAUUCUGUGCCCUAGGCUUUCCCGUGUGUGCUGAUGGUUCUAAGCCUAUCGAAAUACCAAACGGAUGCUGUCCAAAUUAUAGAUGCCCGAAACCAAAACAUUGCAAAAAUGUAUUUUGUCUGAUACAAAUCUUGUGCGCACCAGGCUAUGAACCACACGUGCGCCCCAACAACUGUUGCCCUGAUACCUGCAAAAGAUCAAAGUGCUCUGGCGUAAUGUGCCCACUUAUAAAGUGUUUGUCUGGCUACACGUUACAGAAUAUACCGGGACAAUGUUGUGAAACCUGCGUAAAAGACAAUACAAAACCAACAAGUUGUGCUGCCAUCCUUUGUAUCACGCCAGUUUGUGAAGAUGGGUAUUCCUUGAGGAAGUUGGGCAAUCAGUGCUGUGACACGUGCAUCAAAAAUAACGAACCCGACUGUUCGUUAGUGAAAUGUGGUAGCUGUGAGGACGGAUCAUCUCCAAUCGUAAGCGGACAGGAUUGUUGUAAAUGUCCCGGAAGUGGGUAACAUGAAGACAUCAGUGUCAUGAAGAAAAUGCAUACUAUGGUUAAUAUAAUCGACAUAUUGAACAUCAUUGUUGAACAUCAUCGUAGGACUCUUGACAAAAUUAAUUUUUCAAUUUUGAGUAAUAAAAAUGAUGUAGUCAAACCAUACAA